UUAUAAUAAAUAUAAUUAUAAUGACCCCCUUUUCUUUCAGAUAUAUGCGCGCGUGGUCAAAAGCAGUGUCGCAACCGAAACUGUGUAAGCUACCUCUUAGUCUGUGAUGGAAAUGACGAUUGUGGUGACGGCACAGAUGAAGAAAAUUGUGCACGUGUUGGACUCGAGACCACAGAAUGCGGAGUGCCUGAUAUUGCUCCUGUAGCUCUUUCAGACUGGGACCGAAUAGUUGGUGGCGAAGAAGCUGUGGCUGGAAGUUGGCCUUGGAUGGCGGAUCUGCAGAUGAAAUUGAUUGAACCAAACGGUCAUACUUGUGGUGGAGCCCUCAUCAAUUCACAGUGGAUCUUGACUGCUGCACAUUGCUUCCAAGAUGCAAUCCUCCGUCGACCCGAGGGUUGGAGAAUUCACCUUGGAAACCAUCACAAGUUCGAGCGAGAUGAGCAUGAACAAAUCCGCUAUGCAGAGCGUAUAGUCAUACAUGACGACAUCCCACCUCACCAGUUUGAAAAAGACGGAAGAUUUGACAUGAAACAUGAUAUGGCACUCAUAAAACUCAAUGCCCCUGUCAAAUGGAGUAAAUACGUGAAGCCCAUCUGCCUACCAGACAGUGACAUCAAACUGAGCAUCAUCAGCAACUGUUAUGCCACCGGCUGGGGUUCCUCUAGAGGCACUGGUGGUUCCGAUGUCUUGAAGCAGGCUUACCAUCCUGUACAACAUGAUGCAUUAUGCAGACGAUUGGUUGGAAGAGAAUUCAAUCCUAGUACUAUGAUAUGCGCAGGAAGCAUGGCUCCUUUGAACGGAGUCUGUCACGGUGACAGUGGUGGCCCUCUCGUCUGCGAAAUCGACAAAGUCUGGAGGAUCGUUGGAGUGGCGAGCUAUGUGACAGAUGGCACAGGAUUAGAAGGCCUCUGCGGGCUCAAAGGACGGCCAAGUGUCUUCAACAAGGUGGCUGUGAAGACUGGCUGGAUCCGAAGAAUGGUGAAUCGUUACAGCUGAGCUUAAAAAAAUGGUGGCUGAAGACAAACUGGAUCAAUUGUAUUUUAUCCUAGAUUAUACAUUUCUGGGAAAUAAAUAGACUUUGUUCCUUUGUUUUAA